UUCCAAGGUCCCACGCCGACGAAUACCUGCCGUUGCGCUUCUCUUCGAAAAGCAACAUCUUGCUGCAUGCAGUUCGCAGAGUCUCGUGCGCCUGUUCUGUCUGUUCCCCCCCGCAUCACGAUCCCCGUGCGUCGCUCUCCCUCGCAAUGCAAGCCAGAACCGCAGAUGACCACAAGUCGGUGAUGCAACAGGCUCUGGCCGAGGCCAGGAAGUCGCCGCCAAAGCCCACCAACUUCCGAGUCGGGGCCUUGCUCGUCAAGCUAGACGAAGAGAGCUUUCCCACGGCGGUGACGGGAUACACUCUUGAGUGCCAGGGCAACACACACGCCGAGGAGUCCUGCCUGAUCAAACUUGCAGAGCGCCAUUCGACUACAGAACAGGAGCUCGCCAAGGCCAUCACGAGUCCCCAUGCACUAUACACGACCAUGGAGCCGUGCUCGAAGCGUCUGAGCGGCAAGCUGCCCUGUGUCGAGAGAGUCCUCAGGCAAAGCUCCUGGAUCAAGCAAGUCUAUGUUGGGGUCCAGGAGCCGGACACUUUUGUCCAAGGGAACCCCGGUCGCCGAAUGCUGGAGGAGGCUGGCAUCGAGGUCCAUCAUGUUCCCGGGCUUGAGCAGGAGAUCCUCGAGGUUGCAACCGCAGGUCACAUUGCACAGGACUGAGCCCACGGUCCAUUGGUCGGCAAAACAAGGCCCCUGUCCGCUUUUUCUGGAAGCUGCCGAUGCGGAAAGACCUGCAGCAGGUUGGAGGGGGAGUUCGGAAGGUCGGGCCGCCUCCAGAAACCCUUUCACGGGCCGCAUCUGCAGACCAUAGAGGGCCUGAACUGCUAAAAAGAUACACAAGGGCGACGAUGCCGAUGGCAUGAACGAGCCUUCCACAGUUGCCGUUGGUCUGAUGAUACAGUCU